AUUUAGUUGCAAAUGGUACACGCAAGCGAACAGUCUUACAACCCAACGAGCUAUUGAUUCAUUUUUUAUAAAUAAAAAAAUGAGACUAGACCACCUCUUUGUCUUCGCAAUUUUCAUUUCUUCAUUUAUUAUGCUUGCAUUCCACCUUUCUAGAAGCCCUGCUUUGACAUUCGGAUCAGUUAACCGUGGGGCAUUAAGACCCUUGCCGAGGAACGUCUUCUCGCAAAAUAAGGUGGAACAGAUCCUGUUUUACCCUCGAGUUCCCAAAUGUGGCAGUGGCACAUUUCAGAAGAUCUUAACCACUCUCUCAUUGAGAAACGGUUUUCAUUUCGUGGGCUCACCCAAUUAUAGGAGAAGAAUGAGGACCCUCGAGGAGCAGGAAGAAUUGGCGAAGUACCUUCAGCGAGAAUCUGAUCUGCAUGGGUCGAUUGGACGAACUCGGCAUGUUUUCUUCAUCAACUUUAAACAGUUCAAUCUUACCAAGUUGACCCAAGUUAGCCUUAUUCGGGACCCUGUACAAAGAUUCAUUUCGGUUUUCCAUUGGAGGAGGGUUCCUCACCUGGCCAAAUUUCAUUUCUCCUUUUUUCUUGAACACCAAGAACCGGAUCUCAUGACGACCAACAACUUGACCUUUAAGUCAUGGGUAGUCAAGGACUUGGAAACCUGUAUAUUAACUAAUGACAUCGAAUGCUCAUUUCGCUAUGGGAUGUUGAAAGAAAGCAUGAGCUACUUCUGUGGCCAAGAAGCUGUUUGCCUUCAAUACGGAGAUCCUCGAGCUGCAAAACUUGCGUUCAACAAUAUUGCCAAACAUUUUAGUCUUGUGGGAUUGAUGGAACAGUAUGAAAACUUCCUUCAAAGGGCAGAACAUCUCAAUCCACUUUUCUUUAAGAAUGGACUGAAAAUCUAUCAGGAUAUGGCCUCAAGUGGAGUUGUUUGUACGUUCAUAUUAAUAAUUUUCCUUUUCACCAAUUGCAUACGGUCAAAUUAUUUUCAAGGGCAACACAAGAGGUUGCAACGAGUGAAUAUCUCUCAAAAGGCAAUGACUCAUCUUCAAAGUCGCAUGAAGUUUGACUUUGAUUUGUAUUACUUUGUAAAGCAACACUUCAGAUGGUAACAACAUGCCAAAAUAACAUAUUAUCUCUGAAUAGUCAUCGGAAUGACGUUGAUUUAUAGUCACGCAACACAGGUUCACUCCUUUUUUUCUCUCAUGAUAAGUCUUUGGCUGGACAGACGAUUGUCAUGAGGCCGAACAGGCAGGGGGAAGAGCGGCCCAAAGUUUCUGGCUACUUCAAACCAACAGGAAAUUUGUUCUUUUCUCGCUCCAAUAAAGUUAAAUAAAUAUCUAUUCUGCAAGAUGUUUAGUUGUGAAAAUUUGAAAGGUUUUCAUAACGAUCAAAGUACUUCAAGUUAUUGCUGAAACACAAUUUUUUUUAUAAAGACUUCUUUAAAAGCGCGCGAUGGCAAGCACUAUUACUCAAAAAGGUUGUAGAUUUAUU